GCAAUUUGUUGCCUGUAUUAGUAGAGCGGCUUCGUUCGGCGCUCGAAUUGUCCUGCUCGAGUCAGAGCAGCGAGGAUCCUCUGCCACUCGAAGACUCGGGUAUCGACUCGGAAGAAGACCUCCGGAUGUGGGCUUCCGGUCUCUGCCAUUCCAUAGAGCAGCAGAGCAACCAGAGUCCAAAGCCCUUAGAUUUAAAGUUCCUGGAGGACCUUCUGCUGUCGGAUAUUCAGACGGCGCUUUCCCGGCUCCAGGAUACCCUCAGACGCGUCGACGUCGGCACGCUCACAAAGUACAACUCGACCCUAGACUCGACGAAUAAGCUUCACCUGCUACGGCUGAUAUCGAAUCUCCUUUCGAGGCUGAAAGUCCCGGAGGAGCUUUCGGUCGAGCCAUCAGAAAAGGCCUCGAAACCGGCCCAAGGCACCGGCGGUAAACGACGCCGGGCAAACAGACAUACCAUCGGUGUUUCCGCUGAGGAAAUAGCCCACGCGAGGCGGCUACUUGAUGAGAAAAACAUCGGUAAUGAGGUCCUGCCUAGUCCUUUGAGCCCCUGCACCGCGCAAGCCAAACCCGUAAUCGAGGCCCAGGUGCAACCACCGGUGGAAAAACCGGCGGAGGAAACUUUUGUCCGCAAGUCUGGAGCUCAGCAGGUUCCACCUCCACCCCCGCCGAAAUUAAAGACUUUUGAACAGGUUCGCGAGAAGCACAUCAAGGACGCGAUAAACCAGCAACAGACUGCCUACUACAACAAGAACAAGGAUUUUUACAAGGAGAACGUAUACUGUCAGCAUUCCUCCUCACCGCCUCCGGAAAUCGGAUCAACGGAAGGGAACGUGGUACUGUUGGAAAAUGUGAUCAAGCGAGCGGAAAUGCCGAGAAAAGAGGAGCGGGAGUUUCAGCCAGCAGAGGAUGAGGAAUACAGCAAUCAUCAGGUUCCGGCCUUUUACCAGCAGCCCGUUGCCUCGAAGUAUAAUAAAUUCGUGGCGAAGAAGUCGAAGAUCAAGAGAGCGAACACGAUCGACAUACCGAGCUACCUUAAACUGCAGGCAGAAAACUUUGGCCAAAAUCAAUCGGCGGCUCUGAGACGACCGAUAGACAUCGGGGACAAAAGUUUGGGAAGCAAUGCGAACAUCAUUCCAGCGUUCAAACCGAAAACGGACAACGACCGGAAGUUCCUAGCUCUGAUCAACAAAAAUAACGACACAGCGCCGAGCAACAGCAAACUGCCGUUCAAGUCGUUCAACUACAGACAACCGGACAACGUGGACAAGAAUUGGAAUAACAGGUUUUCCAACAUAAAAACAACCUUCGACAAACCUGCCUCGCAACUCGUCUCACCUGCGACCGAUGAGAACUCAAGGGUUACCGGCAACUCGGAGUCAUCCUCAAGACGGUCUUUCAGCGGCACCUCGGACAGCGGGGAGUCCGAUGAGGUGGUCGUCGGAACGUUGCGACUGCCGUACACGACUCAACCAAAACCGAAACAGAGUGGUUUCACCCACGCGCCAACGUCCCCGUUUCAGAGGAUCGAGAAGCCCGCUAAUCGGAGCGAAAACGCGUCGAUAUUCAAGUCGGGUUACCUACCGAAGGGGGGCAGCAACUCCCUUCAGGCAAAGGUGAAGAUAUUCAACCAGGAGAACGGAGGCCAGACCUUAGCUGCACCGAUCUCGAUCGUCGCGCAAAACAAGAACAAGUUCAACAAAAUGAACGACCUGCAAUCGCGGUACGAAACAGCGGAGCGAAAGGUCGCGAAAAAUUUGAACCCGCAGCAUGGAUCAGCGACGAUUUCCGACCCUCUGAAUCUGAGCCAAUCGAGGUCAGACAAUACCGUGCGCUCCUAUUUGCCCGGGAACCGAAACGUCAUUUCCUCAAAAUUGAUAGUAAACGCCAACGUGAACGGCGACGAACAGGCUGCGGUUAAACAUCAGUAUCCGUACAUCGGAUAUCCCGGAAAUACGACAAAGAUUACCAAGGCAGAUAAGGUCCCGAGGAACGAGGAACGGACCGAGUAUUACGGGCAGUUACAGAACGUGAAUAGCUACCCGCCGAAGAAGAUCGAGGAGGCCGAACCGCCGGUUCGGACUUCCUCACAUUCGUUCAUGAUGCAGAAAAUCGCGAACGAGCAUAACAACUACGAGAAUAAACCGAAGGUGAAUCAACGGUACGUGAACGAAGCAUUAAGACUCAAGGAGAACAAAGAGGAAAAACCUGGUCAUAUUCAUACGCCUCUGAAAUCACACUACAUAAAGGCUGCGGGUACGCGUGAAAACUACAACAAUUCGAGCAACAUCGCUCCUCUACAAAAUCAUCAUCCCAGAGUGCAGAUCGUGAAACGGCAACCUCCGGUGCAAACGUUCAACAACCUGAACAGCAAUCAGAAUUCUAAUAAACGACUAUCGCAGGAUUAUUCCUCCCCGGAAUACAAACCUCAGCAGGUCAUUUAUCCUCAACCAUUAAACGAAGCGGUGACUCGUCUAAACAGCAUUCCCGUUCAGUCCAACAUGGCGAGCAAAACUCAAGAGAAUUCCAUUGUUUACGAGGAUUCCAUGACGCGAAACUUGGCCAGCCGAGCGAACGCAGUUUCUAACCAGCUGUCGGAAGCUAACAAUAAACCAGCGUCUUCCAUCAUCGAGCCGAAUUACCCGAGUCAUCCUCACGGCUUUUACAGACCAAGCAAUACCUACAACGUGCAGUAUUCGGCCCAGCCGAGAAGAGACACGACGACUCACCGUCAGCCUGGUGACUAUACGAACCAAAGUAAUUCGGUGAAGAUCGCGAAGCUUCCAGAGGAACAUACGCAUGCAGAUGAUCCUCGGGGCUUAUCAGGGUCAUACGAAACCAAUACAAGCAGGACGAUGGCGAAGUCUCAGCAGGAUAAUGAACAUCUGCAGGCUAAUAAGUUACCGACGAGGAAUAAUACGUCGAUAAAUUAUAAGGACUCCGAUUACAUUCCUUAUCAGAGUUACAAAACGAGGAAGGAAUUCGGCUCGAACAUGGAUGCCAAUUUGAGGAACUCGUACCCGGAGACGAAGCAUUACUACAAUCACGACCACGCUCAUAAUCCGACUCAGAACGAACGAACGCACAACGAUCAGAUGGUUUCUUCCUCUUCUUCUUCGUUGGGUGAAAACAACCCUGAUAAGGAAAUCCAGAUGUAUGUAACGGAGCCGGAAACACCGGAUGUGGCGAGCAUCGAGGUGUUCCGGGAUCAACGGAUGCUUCUGGAAGAUGAGAACAUCCAGAACCAGGACAUCAGCUCGGAGGGAAUCGUGACGAGGUAUCAAUGCGCGAUUGCGACUGUCGCCACGACUCCGGAAAGCUCCGAACCCGACCUGAGCGAAGUACCUUUCCCCAAUCCAAAGCUGUACAACAUGGAAGUGUCGGCUUAUCCCUCCUCGACGAAUGACCACAUGUCGGUCAGCUACGGUGGAUAUAACGAUAGGAAGAAACCAUCGGUCGAAGUUAACGACGAGUCUGCGGACGCUUUCGAUGAGAUACAACGGCACAAUUAUCUCCAGCAGCAAAUUAUCAAUAAGUUACAGAACGACGCUGAUAAUUCGAACAACAAGAAUCAGGAUUACCCACGGAGAAAAUCGCUGGAAAAGUUCAAAUGGGAUGACAAGAAGUCGUCGGAAGUUGAUGAGACUGUAAAUCGGAGAUCUUCGUACUACGAGAAGAUAAAUCCCUUGUCCCAUUUUCCAUUCGGCAAAAGUCAGCCUUCACCCCCUGCAGCGGUUGUUGUUAAACAACACGAGGAACCGGUCAUCGAGAGCAACAACACACUCGAGAAGAUAAACAUGUUCGAGGAGAAGAGUCUUCUGCCGUUAUCGUCUACGGCUAGACAGCGAUUCAGACCGUUGAGCAUACCCAAGUUCGAGAAACCCAAGGACUUUCCACCGCCAAAAAUCAACGUUGUCACACCGUCUAAGGUCGUGCAGCAGCUCAAAAGCGACAACAAAGAUUCGGGGAUAAUAAGCAGCUCGACGAACAUGAUCGAUUCGAGCGACGAGUACCUGAUGUCCUGCGCAAAUAGACAGUCUCGUUCCAUAGUUUUGUCCAAGUCCGAAUCGUGGCAUCAACUGGCUUUGAGCAGAGGGAACUUGCAGCCACCUCAACCAGGGGCACCGAAUCCUCUUCUGAAGCCUCCCAAGUCGAAGUCUCCGGCUUCGCUGAGACUGUCGAAGCAGUACGAAGCUCCGUUGGCCUCGGACAACAUGAAACGAAUGGAAGAAAAGAUUCAGAGAUACUUUAACAGUCCAACGAACGUACCGAGUUCGGAAUCAUCCAACAACAACAGCAGACGAGAGAGCAAAAGUAAACGGCAUUUCUCGUCCUCGAAGAAGAAUCACAGUAGCACCGGAGGAGGAGUUGGAGUUGGUUUAGCGAGGAGUCAAACGAUGCCGCAUUUGUACGAAAAUGAUAAAUUACUGCUCGACGAGAAUACCGACGUUGAAAAAGCGUUCGAUAGCCUAUUCAAGGAAGCAACUAGAACCGAUAACCGCCAUUAAACGUGGAUAAAUAGUCUAUAAUAAAGCCAUAAAUUUGUUUUUAAUUAAAUAGUAACGUUUACAAAAACUAAAACUGAGUCUGCAAGAGUUUAGAAGCUGUGAUAGCCAAACGCAGUUUUGUAUGUCGUGUCUGAUGUGUGUUUCCGAAGCCCUGGGAUAGAUCAUGGACGGUUGUUAUAUUUGAGGCAGCCCUGAUAAGCACACCCAAGAAGCCCAUAUCACCAUUUGCUAAGUUUCGUCAACUUGAUCGUCAGAAUAGUGCUCCAAAAUCACCAAGCACACCUAAAUCAGCUGGGAAGGACUUUCAGUUCAAGUUCACCGACCCUGUG